GUCAGUACCGUCGCGACGCCGCACAACUCUGAAACACCUUUCCCCCCUCAUGUUCGGCGGCGGUGCUGACGGCAACGGCCACCUGCCGCGGCCGCGCAGGCCCCGGCGCGGCGGAGUAGGCGGCGGCGGCGGCAUGCGGCCUCUGCAGGGACAGUUGGCUUCGGGGGUGCAAUCGCAUCCCGCCGCCCCGCCGUGCACCGACUACGAUGUGGCCUACUUCAAGGCCUACUCCCACAUCGGCGUGCACGAGGAGAUGCUCAAGGAUCAUGUGAGAACUAUUACUUAUAGAAAUGCUAUUAUGCAUCACCAAGAUCUAAUUUCAGGCAAGGUUGUUUUGGAUGUGGGCUGUGGCACUGGCGUUCUUUCUAUAUUUUGUGCUAAAGCUGGCGCCAGUCGGGUUUACGCCGUCGAUGCUAGUGAUAUUGCAAUACAGGCUAUGGAGAUUGUGAGAGAGAAUGAGUUAUCUGAUAAAGUAGUGGUUUUGCAUGGCCGAAUUGAGGAUGUAAUUAUUGAAGAAAAAGUUGAUGUAAUCAUAUCUGAAUGGAUGGGAUACAUGCUUCUAUAUGAGAGUAUGCUGGGAAGUGUAAUUUUUGCUAGGGAUAAAUGGCUUAAGCCAGGAGGUCUUAUUCUUCCAUCACAUGCAUCGCUUUAUAUGGCACCUAUAACAAAUUCUCAGCGAUAUCAGGAUGGCGUUUACUUCUGGCGGGAUGUAUAUGGUAUAAAAAUGUCCUCUAUGAUGCCUCUUGCAAAACAAUGUGCAUUCAUGGAGCCAUCCGUUGAGACAAUUAGUGGAGAGAAUGUAUUGACGUGGCCAACAGUGGUGUCACAAGUGGACUGUUAUACCAUACAAGCUCAGGAACUUGAAACCAUUACCGCUGCAUUUAAAUUUACAUCAAUGUUGCAAGCUCCGUUACAUGGUUUUGCAUUUUGGUUCGAUGUUGAGUUCAACGGACCAGUUCGUCAGAAAUCCAGGAAGCAAGCAAACCAAUCCUUGGGUGGGAACACCCAAAAUGCUAGCCCGAGCAGUAAAAAGAAAAAACCAGAUGUCUCCGUUGUUCUCUCAACUGCACCAGAGGAUGCCCCUACCCACUGGCAGCAGACCCUGUUGUACUUAUUUGAACCUAUAGAAUUGAACAAAGACCAGAACAUUGAAGGUUCUGUUACCAUAUCUCAGAGCCAGCAACAUGCUCGCUUCCUUAACAUCUGUCUGAAAUACUUUACUGGUGAUCAAUGGUACGUGAAAGAAUCUGUGAUGCGAUAACGCGGGGGAAGCUUAUUAGAUUCCAAUCUAUUGUUGCGCGUCAUGAGCACCUCGCUGCUGGUCAUUGCAAUUUUGGAGCACUCUGACUUGUGGCGGGGCAUCUUGAUCGCUGAUAGAUCGGAAUGGAGUGCCAUUUGGUGUUAUGAUUUUGUAGGAAACGUCUGUUGAUUGAUAUGAAACAUCCCUGGCGCCAAACUCUAGUAGUCAUUUCUUUUUACCCGAUUGAUUGACGAACGAAACAUUAGGGAAGCUACAUGUUAACGAGAGUAGUACAGGACUACAGGUCCCCUCCUGUUGUUUUGACAUUUUAGUUUUUGUAUCAUUUUAUUUGCUAGCGCUUCGUUGUUUGUAAGAAGUUAAGAACUGUGUCAAGACUUUUUGUGAUUCUCCAUAGGCUAAUAAAAAAUCGAGUCGAGAGGGAAAGAAACA